AUGGUUUAUCCAGACACCUUUGAGGGAUUUAUGGUUCACUCCCACGAGAAAUGGAGUGAUUUUCAGAAAGAAGAGUUCAGGCCCAAAUCUCUUGCAGAACGGGAUGUUGAGAUUGCCAUUGAAGCUUGCGGGGUGUGUGGAAGUGAUGUGCACACCCUUACAGGUGGUUGGGGCCAAGCAAGAUUGCCUGUGUGUGUAGGGCACGAAGUCAUUGGCAGAGUAGUUACUGUUGGCCAGAAUACCACCACUGUCAAAAUUGGUGAUCGUGUUGGCGUUGGUGCCCAGGUUUGGGCCUGCCUUGAAUGCAAGGUGUGCAGGUCAGGCAAUGAGAACUAUUGCCCCCACCAAGUCGAUACCUAUAAUUGCUACUACCCUGACGGGUCAAUGGCAUAUGGUGGAUACGCUAGUCAUAUUCGCGCCCAUGAGUACUUCGUUUUCGCAAUUCCUGAUAAUUUGGAGUCAAGUAUUGCGGCGCCAAUGCUUUGCGCUGGUAUUACAUCAUACAGCCCCCUUUCGCGUGCUAAGAUUGGCCCCGGAAAAACGGUUGGAGUGGUCGGAAUCGGUGGCCUUGGCCAUUUUGGAAUUUUGUUCGCCGCGGCUCUGGGAGCCGAUGUCUAUGCCAUUUCACACUCUCCAAAUAAAGAGGCGGAUGCAAAAGCUCUUGGUGCCAAAGGCUUUAUCAGCACGAGGGAGAAGCUGUGGAACGUUCCUUGGAAGAACACUUUCGAUUUCAUCCUCAACACAACCGACGCGACAGAUCGCUUUGACAUGUCUGCUUAUUUCAGCGUCUUGGCUAUAAACGAUAUAUUCCACACUGUUGGGAUUUCCGACAAGGCAUUUCCGCCUCUGAGAACGCAGGACAUGAUGGGCACCGGAUGCUCAAUUGCUGCCAGUCAUAUUGGAAGUCGAGGAGAAAUUCAGGAGAUGCUCGAGCUAGCUGCAAAGCUGAACAUUAAGAGUUGGGUUGAAACAAUCGACAUUAGUGAGAACGGAUGCAAAGUUGCAGUUGAGAAAGUAUUCAACGGCAAUGCAAAAUACCGAGUGACUCUUGUUGGUUAUGAUAAGGCAUUUGGUACCAGAGCCUGA